AUGUCUUCGGGGCGUUCAACAGAAGCAGAUGGUUGUCCUCAGGUUUCGAACAUUGAAGAACUGAUGGUGAAUCAAUUUCGUGCGUACGUUUCACCUAUCCUGUCAAUCGUUGGAAUCAUUACAAAUAUUAUCACAAUGAUUGUGUUUAUCAUCCUUCAGCAUCAAAGUCCAUGUCGUUUCAAUUUGUACACCAUUUGGCUAUCAUUUUGUUAUAACAUUCAGUUGGUGUCAAAUUGCUUCCUGGAUGAUUUUCUCGGUCGUGGUCUCCGAUGGGCAACCAAUUGCCACUUUUGGAUCCAAGUUGAUGUAAUGUCAUCUUUCAGUUGCAAAGUUAUCACCUUCUUAUCUGAGUUCUCAGCUCUCACUAAAGCCUUUAUACUGAUGUACUUUAGUGCCGAUCGUGUCUUUUCCGUCUAUUAUCCAACUCGGGUAACGGUGGGUGGUGGACUAUGGUACGCUCAUGGUGGUAUAUUUGGUUCGUACGUGCUGGGUCUGUUAUUGAACACACCGCAAUUGAUCUAUGUCGAUCGGUUUCAAGAUUCGGAUAACCAAUACAGCUGCGGUUAUGUGGACCCUGUGAACCCCGGUGUGAAAUAUGUUUUAUACUUGUAUAUCGUUGGGGCCACUUUAAUUCCCUCAGUUUUCAUCUUUGUCACAAACCUAUUGAUUUUGUGUAAAAUGUGGUUUGUGAUGAAACGCAACUCGGUAAGAGGACAACUGGAUCGCCACUCUUCAAACGAAUUAAGCAAAAUUAUUGCUCAUCUGGCCAUCAGUGUAUUGUUUGAGCUGCUCUCACUUCCUAUCGUUGUUGGCAUAAUUUUGCGCCAGCAAGUCUACAUCUUGGAAUAUGAUAAAACUCGUCCAGUCUAUGCAAAAAGGAUUAUUCAACUGACAAAGCUUUUCAGUUCCAUGGAUUGCAUAAACUAUGCGUUUGACUUCUUCAUAUUUCUCCUAUUUAUGCCCACGUUUCGUCAAGUGUUGUGGAAUCUCUGCAAGUGUUCCAAAGAUCUCUUCAAUUGGAAAUCAGCCGAUUGGAGCAAUGCAUCCCCAUCGAUGGGACAAACCAUGUCAAACAAUUCUAAUACUCCUACUUUGUGUAAAAUUAAAGAACUUUCAGAACACAGCUGUGCGGCAACUCUCAAUGAAUCUUCGGUGCAAACGUCGACAGUUAUAAUAACACGUCUGUGA